AUGGGAAAUAGUUCAAGACAUUAAAAUCAAUAAGGAAUUCAAUCCUCAUAAUAAACAAAGUAAAUCAAUAAAUCAGAAAGCGAAUUGAUCAAAUAUUUAGCUUAGAGUAUGUUUAAAUAGACAUUUAGGUUGUUCAACAUUUCCAUCAUAGAUAACAAAAAACCCUGAGUUCAAGGCAUAAAAGGUAAAUUGUCUAAGAUGCGAUCAUAUAUUAUUUGAUGAUGGAUUGGGAAGAACUAACAAAUGUGAAGAAUGUUAAAUUCCGUAUGUAAUAAAAGAUGGAGUGAUUACUCUCUUGAAUCAUAGCCAAGAUAUUCAAUGUUGUCCAUAUGGUUUCCCAUUAUAGCAUUUAGAUUCUAUUGUGUUACGAGUGAAUCAGUAUUAUUUGUCAUGACAAAUUUUUAGGAACUGUAUUAAUCACAUUUCUUAUGGACAGUUGAUGAGCCAAAUUAUAUUGCCAUUCUUUGAGAAGAGAGAAAGAAUAAUUACAUCAGGAGCUUGUUUCAAUAUUGACUAGUUUGAGUUUCGAGUGGUUGGAUGUGGUUCAUAACUAUAAGGCAUUGUGGGUACUGGCACAAAGAUAUAUUGUUAUGAAUCAUAUACAGAUAGAAUCCUUUACAAAUUGAAAAUAUAUACUCAAAGAAAAAACUUUUAAGAUGAACUUUUUCAUUAUUUUUUUUCUCAUCCAAAAGAGAACUAACUCAUUUAGGGUAAUAUGAUAUUAGUAUUAUGUUAGAUUCAUAUAUCAAAAUUAACAAUCAGGAAUAUUUUGUAUUGCAAUGUACUGAAUAAUCAGGAAGAUUGCAUUUAUAUACUAAAAUGGAGUGUAUUUCAAAUGUACCUAGAUUGUCUUAGGUUUAAUUCAUUAUUUUGAAGCAACCUAUAGAAUUCUCUCAUAAUAAUAGAAAUUAUGCAAUGUAGUAAGUAUUAAAUUAUGUUAUUCAUCCAUAUUUUGCAGGAUUAACUAGAUAUUUAGAAAAGGGGUAGAUUUUAAGGAUUGGUGAUUUCAUUUUCGAAGUAUGUUUAUAAGAAGAUUAUGGAUUUGUAAUUCCUAAUUAGACACAUAUUCAAAUAACAGAUUAAAUAGAUUAAAGAAUGAAUUUAUAACAAUUCUAAUCAACUUAAAACUACAAUAUCAUAAGCAGAUCAAUUAAUAAUUAAAAUAAUGAUAGAUAAGAUUAGAUUGAAUCUUUACAUAGAUUAUUGAAUACAUUCAUACAAUUAAAUGAAAAUGGCACUAUUGAAGGCAAUCUAGGAUGUGAAGAACAUGAAAUAUAAUAAUUGCCAGUAAGGAAAAUAAAUUUAGAAUAAAUUAAAUAAUUGGAUGAGGAUCAUAUGAAAUGUUUGAUAUGUCUAUGUGAAUAUGAAGAGGAGGAUUAAGUAAAGACUAUUCCAUGCUGUAUUUUAAUAUAUAUUAUUAUAUAGUACAUUAUUUUCAUGAUGAUUGCAUUGAUAGGUGGCUCAAGAAGAGUAGACAUUGUCCAAUUUGUAAAAAUGAGCUAGAAAUUUGA